AUGCCUAAACGACCAAAGAUUGACUCCGUAUACAAUGAGAUUGAUAAAGAAAACACUCAGGAUGCUGUCCUCCCAAUUGUUACUCGAGACGAGGCAACUCAUAGAAGAAAAUUAAGAAAAUUAUACUUGGAUAAUAAGAGAUCAAAUGGGGGAACUACAUCGUCAUCCCUCAAUAUUGUAUCCACCAAUAUUAAUUCCACUUCCACUCCGUGUGUUACACAACAUCGUCCAGUUUCACCUGAUGUGACUCUGAUUCUACAAAACAAGGAUAGAGAUAGCAUGCGAUUACCUAGAUCUAUUAUUGACAAAAGAAGAUCUACUACCAUAGGUGUUACAUCGGAUAACAUAGUCAACAAAAUUGGUUGUCACAAUUUUGAAUCCACUCCUGAUGUGGCUAAUAAUGUUACUCCAAGUCCGUCAAGUAUGGUAACAAGUAACAUUAUUUGUAGUACCAGCAAUCGGACAACGAGAGAAAAUGGUUUUGGAAUUAAUAUUUCAACUGGCAUCACAUCAACCACCUGCACAUCAUCAUUGAACUGUAAUUUGCAAAGGCUAUCAUCUGGGAAACGUAAGUUGGUAUCCAAACCACGUAUUUCAUCUCCUAUACCAAUGAUCGACUUGACCACAGAGGAAACCGUCGAACGAGAUCCUUAUAAAGGUGUUUCCACAGAUUAUUUGGAUCAUGGUGAUCAAGUUAUUACUUGUGAAGUUUGUUAUGCAAAGUUAUGGGAUGCAAAGAAAGGAAGCGGAAGAAAAGAGGGUGGCAAAAUAUGUCAUAUGUUAUGUUGUGGUUAUGCCAAAGUUGUGUUACCUGAUUACAAAUCUGUGACACCUUAUUAUAAAAGUCUAUUCAUGUCCAAUGGCAAUGAAAGCAGGCACUUUUUGAAGAACAUUCGACGUUACAAUUCUAUGUUUGCGUUUACGUCAAUGGGUGGUAAGGUUGACCAGACCGUUAAUACUGGUAAUGCUCAUUUUUGCUACAGAAUUAGUGGUGAAAAUUAUCAUUCUAUUGGUAGUCUUGUGCCAGAAAACGGAGGGAAACCUAAAUUUUGUCAGUUAUACAUAUACGAUACUGAAAAUGAGUUGGCAAACAGGUCUUCAGACAAUGCUUCCUCAUCAACCUCUUCAGACGAAACUGAUAAUAAGCUGAUACAACAAAUCAAAGCAAUGUUGGAUGCCAACAAUGUGCUUUUCUUGGUUGAUGCUUAUACGAUGGUUGAGAGCGAGCGACUUAACUUUAUAAGAUUUCAGCAACAAGAUCUCAGGUCUGAUACAUAUGAGAAUAUCCGAAAACUAAGAUAUAAUGGCCAACAAGAUUUGUCUAAGGUUGGAAAACUUGUUUACACUAUUGAGUUUCAGAAGCGAGGAUUGCCUCAUGCGCAUAUGUGCUUAUUCAUGGAGAAUGAUUACAAACUUCCAACUGUAGACCAUGUUGAUCAGUUUAUUUCUGCAGAAAUCCCUGAUAUAAACCAAGACCCGGAACUAUAUACGCUUGUGAAAGACCAUAUGAUUCAUGGUCCAUGUGUUAACGCUAGAAUGAGUUCUCCAUGUAUGGUUGAUAGAAAAUGUUUGAAAGGUUUUCCCAAGAAAUUUCAAGAUCACUCAACCUUGGAUUGUAACGGAUUUCCCUUAUACAGAAGAAGAGAUGACGGUUCCUUCGUUUUAAAAAAUAGAAUUGAGUUAGACAACAGAAGUGUUGUACCUUACAACAAAAAACUUUUGAAAAGAUAUCAGGCGCAUAUAAACGUUGAAUGGUGCAACCAAGCGGCGUCAAUAAAGUAUUUGUUCAAAUAUAUUAAUAAAGGUCCUGAUAGAGCAACAGUUGCUGUGGUUCCGAGCAAUAAUGAAAACGAGCAAGCAGAAAAUGAUGAAAUUAAAGAGUAUUAUGAUUGUAGGUAUAUAUCGGCUUGUGAAGCCUCUUGGAGGAUUUUUUCCAAUGAAGUUAAUUAUAGGAGUCCUUCUAUUAUGAGGUUGCCUUUCCAUCUUCCUGGACAACAAAUAGUUUGUUUCGGUCCUGAUGAAGAUAUUAAUCAGCUUGACCAGCGUAUAUGGGUUCCGAGAAUAAAAGGAAAAACAAUUGGAAGAAUUCAUUCCGUUUCUCCGUCUACCGGUGAAGCGUACUAUUUAAGAAUUCUUCUUAACAAAGUUAAAGGACCAACAUCGUUUGAUGAUAUUAAAACAGUUAAUGGUCGAGUGUACGAUACUUUUAGAGAUGCUUGCUAUGCGCUUGGUUUGUUGGAUGACGACUCGGAGUACAUUGAGACCAUCAAAGAAGCAAAUAUAUCAGGUAGCGCAGGUUAUAUUCGCAAUUUAUUCGCCACCAUGUUACUGUCAAGCACUUUAUCUAGACCUGAAGUAGUCUGGGAAAGCACAUGGAAGUAUAUGACAGAUGAUUUUCUGUAUAGAUUCUCAAAGUAUCAUCGUGUUUCAACUAGAUCCACGGUUCAUGGGGGCACUCCUUAUCGGAUUCUCUUGGAUACCGACGUUGAUGUUGAUGAUUUAUUUGCUAUAUUGUAUCUACUCAAGCUUAAUCGGUCUGAAUUUAAUUUACAGGCGAUAACAUUGAACACGAAUUCAUGGACAAAUGCUGGACAUGCAAUAAAUCAUAUAUAUGAUAUACUAUACAUGAUGGGGCGAGAUGAUAUUGAUGUUGGUGUAGGAGGCGAGGGUGGAAUACUCGAAAAUGGUACAAUACUACCCGAUGUCGGUGGCUAUCUUCCGAUAAUAGACCAGCAAAACGGCACUGCUGGACCUUGUAGAUAUAGACAAGCUAUUCCGGUUGGAGGUAGAGGAAGACUGGAUGUUGAUACAAAUUUCGGCUUGCGAAGAAGCUUUCUUCCACAGGGAAGUCGACGAUACUCUCCUCUUCGACAACCGACUGCACAACAAAUAUUGAUCAAGACAAUAUCCGAAGACCCGGUUAGCGUACUCCUAGCAGGAGCACACACAAAUUUAGGAAUUUUUCUUAUGACAAAUCCGAGUUUAAAGAGAAAUAUCGAUCAUAUUUACAUCAUGGGUGGUGCUGUGAGGUUGAAUAAUCCAACAAGCCACAAUAGUAACAUGUUUACAACCUAUAGAAGUAAUCCAUACGGCGAAUUUAACAUCUUUAGCGACCCUUUUGCUGCGUACCAGGUUAUUCAUUCCGGGAUUCCAAUCACCCUUGUUCCAUUAGAUGCAACAAACACGAUUCCCGUUACCCGCGACUUCUUUGAAGCAUUUGAGCAAAAUCAGCAUACAUACGAAGCGCAAUACGUUUUUAAGUCGCUAAAGGUGGCCCUUCAUACUUUGUCUCUUGACUCCUUUAAGAACUAUUUUAUGUGGGAUUCAUUUAUGUCGGGUGUUGCGACAUCCACUAUGCGUAACAUACACGAAAAACACGAGGAAAAUGAAUUUGCGGAAAUGGUGUACAUGAAUAUUACUGUGAUUACAUCGAACGAACCGUAUGGGAUAUCUGAUGGCUCGAAUACACUCUUUGAUGACGAUAAGAUCCCGAAAUUCAACUUGCUGAAAAAUGGAGUUCAUAGUGGUCAUGUCCAAACAGGCAUUCUAGAUCCAUUUUGUCUUCGUGAGAAUCGGACAGGGAUAUGUAAGGAUGGUUAUACCGAAGAAGUCACCGGACCGGAUUCAGUACGUAUACGAGUUGCUACACGAGCAAAACCUAAUCACGACAAUACGAGUUCCUUGGAUAGAGAAUAUUUCGUUAGUUUUCUCGAUGUACUAAAUCGCGCUCAGCAAAAAGGGCGAUUCAAUUUCACAUCCGAAUUCCCUUAUUACAAACAAGUUUUCUACAAACCAGAUUUCAAAGGGAAAAAACUUGGGAAGAUCGUCGUGUUUGAUAUGGAUAUGAGUGUGGGAGAUUUCUUGGCUCUCUUUUAUCUACUUAAAGUACCCGUCGAAGAAAUUUAUCUCAAGGCGAUAUUAGUAACCGGAAGUGGUUGGGCAAACGCGGCAACAAUAGACGUGGUGUAUGAUUUGUUACAUAUGAUGGGCCGUGAUGAUAUCGAUGUUGGUUUAGGCGAUUCUUUUGGUUUGAACCAAUCAUAUCCACACACCCCAAAUGUUGGCGACUGUAAGCAUUCAAAGGCCAUACCACAUGGAAGCGCGGGUCGAUUGGACUCCGAUACACUAUAUGGUCUUGCACGUGAUCUACCAAGGAGCCCAAGAAGGUAUACAUCGGCGAGCUCCAUUGAGUUUGGAGCUCCUGGUAACACGGAUUUCCCUCAGCUUAAACAACCAUUAGCAUUAGAAGUUUGGAGAUCAUUAGUGACGUCUAUUGAUGAUGGAUCAAGAGUUACAUUCUUGUCGAACGGACCGUUAACAAAUUUAGCAAACAUCCUACUUUCCGACCUUAAUUCUAGUUCGAUCAUACAGGAAGCGUUUAUACUUGGAGGACAUACCAACUACAAAAACAACCAAGAGAAAGGAAAUGUGAUCAAUGUCCCAUCAAACAAAUAUGCGGAACUAAACAUGUUUCUCGACCCUUUGUCUGCCAAGACAGUAUUUGAUUCAUCACUAGAGAUCACACUCAUCCCUCUUCAUAUGCAACGCAAAGUUUACGCGUUUCCAGAGAUGAUAAAAAGAUUGCAAUCAAAUAGCACAACACCUGAGACAAGUUUCACUCGACGUUUGUUGAUGAGGCUUCAUCACUUACACCAAAAGCAUCAACUAUAUCGACAUGUGGAUAUGUUCUUGGGGGAGAUUUUAGCUGCCAUUGUCGCUACCAACAAUCAGAAAGUUUUGAAUUCUACUUUCGAAAUCAAGCAUGUGAACAUCUAUGCAAAAGGGCAGCUAUCUAGAGAUGGAGAAAUAAUAUUUAACAAACGUAAAAAGAAAGGGAUUAAAGUAUUGCAGGGUUUUAGUCAUGUAUCAUGCUAUGAUAUUUUUGCAGAUCAUCUUGUUAGAAGGAAACAGUCAGCUGUGUUAGGGAGCUUUGAAGAACAAAAAAGACGUUGGACGACUUCAUUGUAG